AUGUGUAACGACGUGACAAUUGGAUUAAGAAAUGUGGGACCACAAAGUAAUGCAUUAAUUGCUCGAUUUCUUCCACUACAACGCAGCCUACAUUGUAUAGGAGAUUUGCAUUCGAUCGAUCAUAUUGAGAGGUGUGAUAAAGAGGAUAUAAAGACGCAAUUAAUUGCUGUGAGCAAUGAAAAUGAAGACGAUAUUAUUAUUAUAAUGGGCGAAACUUCGGUUUAUUCGACAUUAAGUAACAUUGCAAAUGAAGCGAUUCAAGAAGUCAUGGAUAAUAAUAACCCAAAAUCUGUAAACUUAUUGAUAUCAAAGCUAAUGAAGAAACUAACGAAUCUUUUUAAUCGAUUUAUAUGUGGUGUACGAAACCAGACAUUGAUCAUUAAUACGUGCGGCCCUUAUACAACUUCAAUAUUAGGUUUGAAGAAAAAUCAUAUGCUAAUAAGACAAAUAAUGUAUGUGAUAAUUACGGGAAAUAAACUAGAAAAAGUUAAGAAACAAUAUUAUGGUAUCAAAAAUUAUAGUUCUGAUGAGUCAUGUUUUGAUGAUAAUAUUGAUAAGGUGACCUCGUAUAACACUAAACAAUAUUAUGAUUACGAAAAUUAUAGUUCUGGUGAGAUAUCUUCUGAUGAUGAUACUGAUAAGAAAGAUAAAUCGGACAUAGAGAACAGAAUUUACAAGAAACAAGAGCAAAGUGGUGUAACAUCGGUAGAUAAAGCACUAAAUAUAAUACGUAUUACGGUACGUGCUGACAAAUGUACAAAAGAAGAAUAUGUGAAAAUAAAUGAUGCCUACGGCAGAAUACUGGCCAAAAAUGUAUAUUCCCUCAGAAACGUGCCACAUUGUAAGAUUUCCACUAUUCAUGGAUACGCGUUGUUGGCAAGUGAGAAAGAAACAAGAAAAGUGUUGAAAACAGUAGACACGCCCGACAAAAUGUUGGUUGAACCUGACACCUGCGUGCGAGUAGAUAGUGGAGAUCCCAUACCCAAAGGAGCAAAUGCAGUAGUAAAGCCAGAGAAUGUAAAAAUAUUAGGAGAAUGUGUGUACACUGAUUAUUUUAGUGAGAACGAUCUGGAAUACGAAAUUAGGAUCUCGAUUAAUCCAGAAAUAAACGAGAAUAUUAGAAACAUUGGCUGCGAAAUAAAGUGUCACCAACUUGUUUUCCGAAAGUUCACACGUAUCGGUACGGCGGAACUGAGUAUUUUGACAUUAUGUAACUUGGAUUCAGUUCCAGUCAUUGAACUUCCAUCUAUCGGUUUACUAUCUAUUAGUAACGAAUCGAAAGGAUUUGAAAAUACUUUAGGACGCCCCUAUGCAGACAGUAAUAGAAUAUUUCUGACGUCAUUAUUGAAAGAGAAUAGAUACGAUUCCAUCGACUUUGGAACUUCUGCUUACAAGUUGAACGACAUAGUUAAAAAAAUCGAAGCCAGUUUGGACGAGGUAGAUCUACUUGUGAUAACGGGUCAUUCAAACGACAAAGAUAUAUUAAAACCAAUUUUAAAGGAAUAUUUUAACGCCAUAAUAUAUUUCAGUUGCUUGGACAUGAAACCAGGGAAAUCAACAACAUUUGCAUCGUGCAUAUAUAAGAACAAAAAGAAAUAUUUCUUGUGCAUGUCGGCAAACCCAACAACCGUUCCCAUUAUUGCGCAUGUAUUACUUCUGCCGCUUCUAAACGAGAUGCAUUGCAAUUUCUUAACAAAGUCUAUCGUUCUGCAUACUUGCGUAGAAAAUCAUGAUUUGCAUGUGCGUCCAAAAUAUUCAUGGGCGACUGUGCAAUGGGAGAAAAAGGAGACGUUUCCAAGGGCUCAUUGUUCAGAAAGUCAACAUCGGAAUAUAAUAAAAUAUCAAAAGGCUAAUGCACUUCUAAUGCUGCCGAAGCACACGUCGGAGAUGCCGGAGUUACACUCGGCAUUCGUUCAAGCAAUGUUUUUCGUACAACAAUCCGAUGAUAAUCGACCGUCAAAUGAUGAAGUAACAAACUGUAUAGACGAAUUAGGAGGACACGUGGCUCUUCUCAAAUAUUUGAAAUAUGAUAAAAAGGCAAUAGAGGCCGAAUUAAUUGCUGUCGGCAAAAGAUUUAGAGGAUCUGUUAUUAUCUUAAUUGGUCAAAGUUCGAGUAGAAAUUUGGCGAAAGUUCGAAUAAAGAAAUCUGCACUUAUUUCGAGUAAUAUACAUGAGGCGAUUAAAAAAGUUAUCAAUGACCAGAUCUCUAGUGACAUGAACAAAUUGAUAUUAGACUUAACACAGGGACUAAAGUUAAUUGAGCGGCCGAUUUGUGGAAUACUAGAAAGCAAUCUUGUUAUUAAUGUGUUUGGUUCCUACACGAAUGUGGAACCAAUUUUGACAAUAAAUGGCUCCUUGAUACUGGAUAUAUUAGUCUUAACUAAGCAAGAUUAUAAUAUACCAGAGGCAGGUAGUUUUUGUGAUAUAGCAAUGGCAGAUAAUUCUUCUGAGUCACUUAAGGUGAUGCCGGACCCGCCUGAUAUCAGUUUUGAGAAUUUUGACAAAUCAUCCUACGAUAAUAGUAAAGAUGACAAUGCUGAUCAGUCACUUAAGAAUAACAAUAAUGAUAAUAAUAAAGAUAAUGAUAAUAAUGAUAAUAAUUCUGGGGAGUCUAUGGAUAUCGACGACGAUGCCUUCGAAGAGCAAACUGAAUUUACAGACGAAGGGUCUUAUGAGAAAUACGAACUGGUGUCACUGGAAGAGGCAAGAAAUAUAAUGCUAAAAGUAAUAAAUAAAGAUUAUGAAGAAUGUGAAGAUAACGAACAAUGUAAAGAAACUGUACAAAUGAAAGAUGCCUACGGUAGAGUGGUGGUCGACGACGUUCGUUCUUCUGUAAACGUGCCUCCUUGUCGUAUUUCCGCUAAACAUGGAUACGCAGUGGUGGCUAGUGACGGGCAGGCUGUCAGAAAAGUGUUGAAAGCAAAUCUCGAGUUAACUGAAGAUAUUUCAGUCGUACCUGGCACUUGCGUGCGAGUAAGAAGUGGAGAUCCCGUACCCAAUGGAGCAACGGCGGUUGUGAUGUCUGCCAACACAAAGAUAAUAGAAGAAUCCGAUAAUGAUGACGAUUAUUUUAAUAUUGAUAGCAAGGAAUAUGAAAUUGAGGUCUUAGUCACUCCAAAAGAUGAUGAAAAUAUUAGGAACGCUGGCUGCGAAAUACAAACCGAUGACGUUAUUAUAAAAUCACAUAAACGUAUUGAAGCAGCGGAACUGGGUAUUUUGACAUUAUGUAACAUUGAUUCAAUUAAAGUCUUUAAACUUCCAUCUGUAGGUAUCCUAUCUAUCCGCGGUUACGAAUCAGAACCUACAAAUCUAAAAUACAUCUACGACUGCAACAAGGUAGUUGUGUCUUCGUUAUUGAAGAACAAUGGUUGUAAUCCUGUCGAUUUUGAAAUUUCGCGUAAUCAACUGUUUACUAUCUACGACAAAAUCAAGGACGCUUUGAACCAAGUUGACUUACUCGUGAUAAUAGGCCAAGCGAACGACAGAGAUACAGUGAAGCCCGCAUUAACAGACAAAACAGAAAUUAACGCAACGAUACAUUUCGGUGGCGUGAAUAUAAAACCGGGAAAAUCGACAACGUUCGCAACGUGUGAGUUCAACGAGAAGAAAAAGUAUUUCCUAUGUAUGUCGGCAAACCCAGCAACCGUAACCACUGUAACUCAUGUACUUCUUCUGCCAUUACUGGAGACGUUACAGCAUAAUGUAGACAAUGAUCAUGUGAAGAUACAAACUUGGAUAAAAACAGAUUACAAGCUGCAUACACGUCCGAGACUUUCAUUUACAUUCUUACAAUGGCUGGAGAAGGAACUAAUCACAUAUCCAAGUGCGCACAACGUGGAUGUUGAAAAUCAGUACAUGAUGCAAUAUCAAUUAAGUAAUGCGCUUCUAAUGUUGCCGAAGCACACGUCGAACGUGCCUGAGUUAAAAGCGGACUCGCGAUUUUUACCAGCGAUAUUUAUCAGACACUGA